AAUUUACUAUAUCUGCAGAUGAAGCACAAAUUAAAAACAGAAAAAUCAAAUAUCACUACAAUGUUGGAGUUUGUUCUCUUGGGGUUUUCUGAUGUUCCCAAUCUCCAAUGGAUUCUUUUUGUGAUAUUUUUAGUCAUCUAUCUGACUAUCGUGCUGUGCAAUAGCAUUAUAAUACUGAUAACAAGAAUUGACUCUGUUCUCCAGACCCCCAUGUAUUUUUUCCUUAGCAAUUUUUCCUUUUUAGAAAUCUGUUAUGUAACAGUCACUAUUCCAAGAAUGCUCAUGGACCUAUAGACUCAGAAAGGAAAUAUUUCUUUCUUUGCCUGUGCUACACAAAUGUGUUUCAUCCUUAUGCUUGGAGGCUCAGAGUAUCUCCUCCUGACAGCAAUGGCCUAUUAUCAUUACGUGGCCAUUUGUAACCCUCUACACUAUCCUCUAGUCAUGAACCACAAGGUCAAUGUUCAGCUGGUGACGGCCUCCUGGAUCAGUGGAGCUCCAGUUGUAAUUGGGCUAACAUGUCAGAUUUUCUCUCUGUCUUUUUGUGGGUCUAACAGAAUUAAUCAUUUCUUCUGUGACGUCCCCCCAGUACUCAAACUUGCUUGUGGAGAUACAUUUGUGAAUGAGAUCACAGUCUAUGUAGUUGCAGUAGUGUUUAUCAUGGUUCCAUUUCUUCUGAUUGUUGUCUCCUAUGGCAAAAUUAUCUAAAUCUGGAAAUUGUCAUCAGCCAGAGGGAGGGCUAAAGCCUUCUGCAUCUGUUCCUCUCACCUGAUAGUUGUCAUCUUAUUCUAUGGAAUGGCUACUAUAACUUAUCUACAACCCAAACCUAAUCAAUCUGAAGGAAUUGGGAAAUUGGUCUGUCUUUUCUACACUGUGUUGAUCCCUACCUUGAAUCCCAUUAUAUAUACUCUGAGGAACAAAGACAUCAUGGUGGCACUGAGAAAACUACUAAGUUAUUAA